UACACUGCAAUUUUAUGGUUUAGUACAAAUUGUUCCGUUUUGUGUGUGUAUGUUUGUUUAUUUUGUCAUAUAAUGGAUUCCUAUGGAAACUUACAAGACAGUUCAAGUUCUCAGAGGUCUCCAAUAGUUAAUAAUCAAUAUUUUCCUAUGCAAUAUCACUAUUUACCAAAUAAUUGUGAUUAUUUCGUGCCACCGUAUCAACCAAGUUUUGAUGACAUUCGACAUUAUUACCCACAGUUUUAUCCUGCACAUGUGAUUAGUACCAACCAUGAACAGCCUUCAACGUACCAGUUUAACCAAGAGAACUGGCACUACCCCCUAGAAUUGGCCCAUCCACAUCAUGAAGACUCCAGAGAAGUAAAAAAUAAGGAAUAUACUACUCCUAACAGCGAACUAGCAGAUACCCCACUUGGUUCCGAAACUGCUGCAACUCCAGAAACCGUAUUGUUUCCAAUUCAUCUUACUGAUGGUGGUUCGAGCUCAGCCAUUGUAUCACUAGCACAAGAUCACGACGUUACUACAACAGACCAGAAAGUCCCACCUAUAUUGAAAGUAACUUGUGAGAUUUGCGGUCGAAUCUUCACCAAAAGGUCGUAUUACCUCCAACACCAUAAGGCAGUCCACUCGGGAAAGCAGUGCCGAUGUGACACAUGCGGAAAAUAUUUUAUCAACAAGGAAAUACUGGCAGAACAUUCUUUAAAACAUGUAAACAAAACUUACAAAUGCACAAGUUGUCCGAGGAAGUUCAGGCAUAAGCAUGACAUGCUGGUACACAGUUACAGUCAUGUCGGUGGACGAUUUUUUUGUGAAUUUUGCAAUAAAGGUUUCAACAGAACUGAUCAUCUUAACAACCACAAGAAAAUAUGUCGAUUAUCCCCUAUUGAGUGAUUGGUGUCGUCGUGUGUUUUAGUUUUUCGUGGACCAGGCACGAACUUAAAUAAUCCCCCCCUGGUAGAUACGUAGCCGUAAACAUCGAUGGGGCAUAAAAGCCCAUAAGACGGGGAAAAUACGUUCAAUUUAAAAGGAAAUUCCCAAUUGUACAAAUGGCUAACACAUAAAAAUAGUAAAAGAUGUUCGUGGGUGAGUCUAACGGAUGAAAUUUGAAAUCUGACUGACCAAAUACACCCUUGAGUUUUGCUCCAUUUACGACCCGGAAGAUGUAUUGGCCUUUCAAAAUCGAUCACUCUUCAUCCGAUACGUCGACGUCCGUAUGUGAAAUUUAAUGAUGACGCCAUGGAAAUUUGACUUUUCCUUUUCAGUUGCCCGUACUUAUUAAAAACGUAUCGACGAAACGACUUUAUUAGCGGCUUAGGAUGUGCGUGUGGGGAUUUAUUGAUUCCGUUCAAAAAAAAUCUAAAUGCUUGACGGAGUCAUUACAGGUAACACCUGUAGCACGCGACCCGAUCAUUAUUCCUAAAAGCAGAUAGCUAUUGACAUCGAAAUAACUAACCUUCGAUUAUUUUAGGGGCACAUUUGUGACGGGCAUUUUAUUAUCGACAUGAUUUCAGGACACAAUGACUGGGCGCAUUUUAUUUGUGUGCAAACAAAUAGUUAAACAGACAACAUUUGAACAGGACACAUUAUUGAAUUUUUAAAAGGUUUAUCCUCGCUAUAAAAAGAUGGACAAUGGGAUUCAAUGAUCCAUCACAUUUUGAUUUAGUAUUAGAUACGUUAGAGUGGUCCGGGUUUUAAAUUUAAAUUCCUGCUGACCCUUGACGUGAAACUGCUGAAAUUGACUAGUACUCGCUACGUCAGGGUGACCAACUGUGAUAUUUAAAUAAUAGUUAUAUUAUUAUAUGUCUAUUUAAAUAUGUAUAAUUAUAAUGUAAUGUUCUAGUUUUUUUAUUAUAUAAUUUAUAGAAAUUAAUAUAAUAUUACUCCUC